AUGGAUCGACCGACACCUCAGGCCCCGGCUUACACGCAGAUCCUCACCGAAGCCAACACCAAUACCGAAGACGAAAGCCGAAUACAAGAGGUGUCGAUGAUCGAUCAGCGCCCUCGUUCCAAGUUUGACUCAAUCUCGAUCGAAGCUCGUGCACCUGUUGCCGUUCCAUUCAUUCCCGAAAUGUUGGAUCCGAUGCCUCAGGCGAACUACAUGUCUGGUUUCGAGCCCGACAGGACCCAAUUAGAUCCCGAAGGCGCGGUUCCGUGGACAUUUUCACUCGACGACAUGCCCGACUUCUCAGCCGAGAUGUGGGAUGCUUUCACAUUCCCACAGUCCCCGGGCGCGGAUUUGAUGAUCAGUCAGACCUCUACACCAAGCAGCAGAGGCACCGACGAGUGCACAACCCAAGUCCUUGGCACGUUGGAACAGCCACAGGAGAGCCUGGGACCUCCAACCUUGUCACACACUUUUGUGUCUCUCAGCCAAGCCUUCCAAUAUCCCGAAGACAUACUCUACUACCAGUUCUUGAUGGACAGCGGGUCCUCGAGCCUGUCGAAGAUCAUCCCGGUGCUGGAAAUCGUCAAGAUCGAUCAUGUGUCACCAUACUUUUACAAUGCGGUGUUGGCGCUGUCGGCGUUGAGUCUGUCCAAGUCCAAAGAAUACCGCCACGCCAGGUGCAAGGAACAUGCCAUGAAUCACAUGGCGCGUGCGAUGGAGGGAGCCAACCAAGAGUUCUCCAUCCAAAAUGGCGAGAGAGCCGGAGACGGCGACAGAGGGUUCGAGAUCGAAGUGCCAACGCCCGAGACGUUGGUGUCGUGGCUGGGCACGAUGAUGCUGCUGGCGAAUUUCGAGCUGCAGCGAGGGGUGGUGCGGCAAUGGCAUUCGAGAUUGCGUACGGCCGGCUCGUUCCUCAGCAUUUACUUCCGCGCACUGGAGAAGAGACCGGCGGGGAAGCUCCUGAUCCGGGCGUAUGCCAGGAUGUCGCUGCUGUUGGCCAUCUACAACGACGACUUGUCGGUGACGAUGACGUCGCUCAUGAAUCCAGGCCUAGUCGACCACCUGAGCAAGGUGCUCAGCGAGUCGCCCGAGCCACAGGACCGACUGUUGCCUCUGGUCAAGGAGAUUGGGAAACUGGAGAUCAACAUCCGCCGGCAACCGGAGCUGGAGGAGAAGUGGGCGAGGAAACUGUCGAAACUCCUCGCAGCGUUGGACAAAUGGCAGCAUGGCCUGCCCGCCACCGAACUCCCCGUCGACACGGGUAUCCAGGUUCCGACGAGCAGCGCAAGGGCCAACUCGGACAAGGGCAUCGUCAUCUCCCCGUUGUUGUUCCCCAAGUCUGCCGACCCGUGUACCUCGGCCAUCAACUACGCCACUUUCCUGUGCACGCGCAUGCGGGCCAAGACCAAGUUUGUGCUUGGGAAAGGACGAGUGUUCCCGGACGACGCCGAGCAGACCUCCUUCACCAUCUGUCGGAUCGCUGCAGGCCUGUCGCCUGCGGCGUGCGCGCGGGCAAACAUCUACGGCCAGGGCAUGCUGCCCGCGUUGUACGGGGCGUACGUGUGGACGAUGAACGACCAGUUGCGCGAAUGGAUUUCGACUUGGUGGUCCGGCUACCGCACGCGGCGCGAGGGCAUCUGGGAUGUGGAGAAAUCGCGCCGGUGUCUGGCUGUCUCGGACGUCAUUUUGGCCCAACGGUCCAUCUCCGAGUCUAAUGUCAUCAUGUUCAAGAUCCUCGAGGAACUCGAGGAGGAGCAGGACGAUGAGGCUGGGGACGACGAUACCGAUGCAGAGCCCGUGGAGAAGCCGUUCCGCGUCGUCAUCCACUCGCGGACCCCAGAGGGUUGGAGCACCGACUUUGCCAUUGUUGAGUAA